CACACACACAAACACACGCAUUGCGCAUAGCCUUGCUUGCUUGCUUGGCUGGGCCUUCCCCCACACCCACACACCACCACCACCACCACCGCUUUUCGCCGACACUUUGUUGUUGUUGUCACAUUUCACAAGCACGAAUCACACUCUCUGUCUGUGCUUGUUUGCGUUCAUUUUUUUUCCUGCAUCCCCCAACCUCCUUUUGUCAUCAUCGCCAUCCCCGCUGUGCCGCAAGUCACCCGGCAACCGCCUCCGUCACACAGCAACGCGCGCCCCCUCCAGUCAAUCAUCCGCACGCACAACACACAACACACACACAACCGAAACACAAACUUGCACCCAACCAGCCCAGCAAAACACAGCAAAGAGCAAAGAAGCCAGCCAGGCAGCAGCAGCAGUCGAAAGUGACACACCCCGUGUGUCUUGUCUUGCUCGUGCUUUUGUUGUUUUGCCGUGUGUUUUCCCUCCUGGGUUCGUGCGUGGGAAUUCAAGGCACACACACACAUACACGAACACACACAAGACACAAGACACCACCAGCCCACCAUCCUUCCGCGGCGUGUGUUCAGCUUCACCUGCUGUUGUUCGUCCUCUCCACUUUCAUCUUCGCCUUCUCCACACCCAGCGACACCAACUCUCGGCGUCGCCCCAACCAAGAAGGCAACAGCGAGCCACCUGGACUUGACCUUGCUGGCGUGAACGUGCUGGCAUCCCUGUCGCCCGGAGUUCAUUUUCUCCCUUCGCCGAAUCUACACCAACCUGUCCCCUUCCGUCGAUCAUCCGAUCAUCCGCUCCCCUAUACUUUCUUGGAAGAACACGGCCCAAGAACUCCCGCACAUCACACCCUCCUUCACUUCACAAAAGCCGCAUCAAGUAGCUGCCCUGCCCUCGUCUCCUGCCCCGAGCCAUCCCUACACUACACCCACCCAAAAGGAUGGACCCCGUCAUGGCCCAAGAGACGGUGUGGCAGCUCUCCUCACAUGGCGCCGCCGUCGAGCUCCAGGCCCUGCUCAAGACAUUCCCCAGGGAGCAAGUGAAGGUGCUGCUGGACAACGCGGAUGACCUGCACCGCAUGGCCAUCCACCUGGCCUGCUACCACGGACAGACCGACGUCGUGCGGCUGCUGCUGUCCGUCGCGCCCAAGAUGCUGCACGUCUGCGACAAGGACCCCCUGCGCCGCGCCCUGCCCCUCCACUACGCCUGCUGGGGUGGCCACUGGCACCUGGUGCAGCUCCUCCUGGACGAGGGCGCCAGCAUUACCAGCGUGGACUGCGUGGAGAACACGCCGCUCCUGUACGCCGUCUUUGGCGGGAACCUGGACCUCGUCAAGCGCCUCGUCAAGAUGGGCUGCUCCUUGCGCGAGGUAAACAGCCGCGGCCACUCCGCCAUCAUCCAGGCCGCCUGCAACGGCCACCUCGACGUCAUGCACUAUCUCCUGGAGCACGGCGCGUCGCUGAGCGAGCGCGAUUCCGCAGGCAACACGUGCCUCCUCUUUGCCGCGUGGGGUGGCCACCUGCACGUCGUCAAGUGGCUGCUUUCCUCCGGCUGCAGCCUGGACGAGGUGUCAGACUCUGGCCACAACGCCCUCCUCUCCGCAGUCAACAGCGGCGCCACAGAUGUCGUCGCCUGGCUCGUGGAUGAGUACCACGCAGACCUUGGCAUGCGCAACAGCAACUCGGACACGUGCCUGCUGCUUGCUGCCUUUGGCGGCCAUAUGGAGCUUGUCAAGUGGCUCCUGGCACGCGGUGCAUCGCUCGACGAGCGCAACGAGGACGGUCUCGACCCGCUCCUCUCCGCAUGCAACGGCGGCCACCUGCACAUGGCCAAGUAUCUGGUGUCCCUUGGCUGCUCCCCGCGCGUCCGCAACGACGGCGGAUACACCCCGCUCAUCCUGGCUGCGUGCGGGGGACACAUGCAGCUGCUGCAGUGGCUGGUCUACGAACAGGGCUGCAGCCUUCACGACCGCACCAUCGACGGCGACUCGGCCCUCCUCCUCGCCUGCUACUGCGGCCACGCGGGCGCUGCAGAGUGGCUGCUGGACCACGGCGCGUCCAUCAGCGAGUACAACAAAGGCGGCAUGACCCCGCUCAUCUCCGCAGCAAACGGCGGCCACGCGGGCGUGUGCGAGGCGCUGCUGCACCGCGGCGCAAAGAUUGACGAGCGGGACCGCGACGGAUACACGGCCCUCCUGCUGGCGGCGCGACGCGGCCACCUGGAGUGCGUGCAAGUGUUGAUGAUGUACGGUGCAGACACGCACGCGCGCAUCAAGCACGGCCUCGACGCCGUCGCCCUGAGCUUUGAGCAGGACGAGACGCGCGAGUGGCUGCAGACCACGCAGGACAUGACGCCGCUGCAUGUGGCCGUGCUCAUGCAGAACAAGGCGCAGGUCUUGCGCCUGCUGCACCAGGGCCACUCCCCCGUCUGCCUCACCCUGCGCAACGAGGCCGUCACCCCGCUUGACCUGGCAACCCGUGAGCAGCCGCUGCUGCCCGCGCUUCCGGCACCGCAGCAGGACAUUCGCGUGCUCAUCAAGGCCGCCAACAUGCGCUGGUCCCCCUACACCCACUCGCUGUUUGGCCCGCGCACACGCCGCAACGUGAUGACUGUGCUGCUGCUUGCCCAGCGGUUGCCGCUCGACCGCCCGGACCUGCCGCUGCUGCCGGAGGAGAUGUGGCACCACAUCAUUGCCAUGAUGGGCCGGGACGACGACGACCACACCACCGCCAUGAACGAGGGGCCAACAGCUACCCUCGCCCCACCCACCCCCAACCGCUUCCGCGUCUCCCUCGUCUGACACGCGUGACGCGACAAAAGGCGUUUGUGUGUCAGGCAGGACCGGUGGAGGUUGUUCAAUGUUGGUCGGUCAUUGUGACCACGACGCCAUGGUGCAUGCAUGCAUGCGUGUGUGCGUGUAUGCAUGCACGAAUACAAAAGGAUGUGUUGGUUUUUCUUGCUUUUGUAUUAUUAUUCAGAACUAUCCGUCCCCCACCCUCUCUUCGCUCCAGUGUCCUUUUGUUUGUUCCUUUGUGUUUGAGCAAUGCUGUGUUUCUACAGUGUUGUGUCAACGUCUCAUGUCUCUCAUGUCACAUCACAUCACAAACGGCAUACUUUUGCUUUUCACUUUCCGCCAACUACGCGCCAUAGUGGACAGGUUCAGCUUGUACAUAUACUCUUCCAAUAAAAUCCGCUCCUCAACCCCG